AUGAUAAAAUUUAAGGGUAGAUUGUCUCUCAAGCAGUACAUGCCAAUGAAGCCAAUUAAAAGAGGAUUCAAGGUUUGGUGUCUACCAGACUCACAAACUUCAUAUAUUUUAAAUUUUGAAAUUUACACUGGUAAAUCCUCAGAUUCACAGAAGAGCGAAGAAACACUUGGUGAACGAGUUGUAACGAAUCUAACUAAAGAGUUGCAUAAUAGCAGGUCAUUAGUAGCAUUUGAUAACUUCUUCACUUCGUUGAAUCUAAUGACACGUCUCCUUGAAAAAAAAAUAUUUUCAGUUGGCACUGUCCGAGUAAAUAGAAAAGGCUUACCAGAUAUAAUGAAGAACAAAAGUAAACUGCAGCGAGGAGAGUCAGAAAUAAGAUAUAUGGGAUGCGUUCAGGCAAUUAAGUGGAUGGAUGCAAAGAUUGUCACUCUUCUUUCCACAGCCCAUAAUUCGGAGACAUCUUCUGUAAAGAGAACCUUAAAAAAUGGAAGUAGGAUUGAUGUGCAAUGCCCGGGUGCUAUUGAAACCUACAAUCGAAUUAUGGGUGGCGUAGAUCGAUUUGAUCAAAAGAAGCAAGUGUACAGUAUUAGUAGACGCUCAAGCAAAUGGUGGCAUAGAAUUUUUUACUUUUGUAUAGAUCUGGCCAUUGUAAAUUCACUGACACUGUAUCAGCUUCAUUAUAAACGAGUAGAAGAUCAACUCACAUUUCGAUUGAAUUUGGCAAACCAACUCAUUGCAAAAUUUUCUGCUACAAAAGGUCAAGCUUCGACAACUCAAGUCACAAAGAAAAGAAAAAUCCUUGAAGAAACUUCAGAAGAUAUUGGAAAUCACAUGCCUGAUGUUCAAGCAAACCUAACGCGCCUAUAUCGGAACCUCUCAGGUGGUGUGGAAAGCCGUGCUUCCAACAAUUCUAAUCUAAAAUUCUAUCCGUACUCAACGACCUCAAAAACUUUUGUAUUUAAUCCGACAUUUUGA